UUAGUGGGGGGGCUGUGAUCUCGGAGGUGCAGAGCAGGGAAACGUGCACGACGCAGCGGCAGCAGCAGCAGCAGAGGACGGUGGUUCUGCAGCCUUCAGCGCCAGGGCGGCUCGGUAAACACGACACAAAGUUGUCCCACGGUCGAAGGAUCCCGCUCGUUUCGCGCCUCCUCGCUUCGGAACUUGUGGAGAAGUUGAACUCGGGCUCGCCCGGAGAGAGGACCCAGGCUGAAAGUGCAGUCGGCGGCUGGUGCUGCAGGAAUGUCGCAGAAAGAGAGACCCGUGUUCUACCGACAGGAGGUCAACAAGACGAUAUGGGAAGUCCCGGAGCGCUACCAGAGCCUGUCCCCGGUGGGCUCCGGAGCCUACGGGUCCGUGUGUUCUGCAUAUGAUAGGAAGAGUAAUUUGAAGAUUGCUGUGAAGAAGCUCUCUCGGCCAUUUCAGUCCAUCAUCCACGCCAAGAGAAUGUACAGAGAGCUGCGGUUGCUGAAGCACAUGAAACAUGAAAAUGUAAUUGGCCUCCUAGACGUCUUUUCCCCAGCUACUUCUCUGAAGGAGUUCACUGAUGUGUAUCUGGUGACUCACCUAAUGGGUGCAGAUCUCAACAACAUAGUGAAAUGUCAGAAGCUCACAGAUGACCAUGUGCAGUUCCUCAUAUACCAGAUCCUCCGAGGAUUAAAGUAUAUCCACUCAGCAGACAUCAUUCAUAGGGAUUUGAAACCCAGUAACCUGGCAGUGAAUGAAGACUGUGAGCUGAAGAUUUUGGACUUUGGUUUGGCACGGCACACUGAUGAUGAGAUGACCGGGUACGUGGCCACCCGCUGGUAUCGAGCCCCAGAGAUCAUGUUGAACUGGAUGCACUACAACAUGACAGUUGAUAUUUGGUCAGUGGGUUGUAUAAUGGCAGAACUCCUCACUGGAAGAACCCUGUUUCCUGGCACUGACCACAUUGAUCAGUUGAAGCUAAUCAUGAUGCUCGUCGGAACACCAGGGCCCGGGCUCUUGAUGAAAAUAUCUUCAGAGUCUGCCAGGAACUACAUCAGCUCCUUGCCAAACAUGCCCAAGAGGAGCUUUGCUGAUGUUUUCGUCGGUGCCAACCCUCAAGCUGUGGACCUUUUGGAGAAGAUGCUGGUUCUGGACACGGACAAACGGAUAACAGCAGCCGAGGCUCUGGCCCACUCCUACUUCGCUCAGUACCACGACCCAGAGGACGAGCCUGAGGCCGAGCCUUACGACCAGAGCUUUGAGAGUCGCGAGCUGGAGAUUGAAGAGUGGAAACGAUUAACCUUCGAGGAGCUGUGCAGUUUCGAGCCACAUGCCUUUGAUGAGGAUGACAUGGAGUAGUAGGACGUGCCACCCACAUCCCAGCAUCCCACAAAUUUGUAGCGACCUUAAACAUUAGUCGUAAACAAAUGCUCAGACACUUGUAUUAGUCCUUAUUGAUCAGGAAAAUAUUGUCCAUGAUUAGCCUUUAGGUAAAGGAGACCAUUACCAGCGCAUAGAAAGCAUGAGCUCGACCAGUUAUCAUUAAUUGUCAAUUAUGAACCACUGAUGGUCCAAUGCUGGGAAAUGUCACUCGUUGCCAAUAAGUGGCUUAAUUUUAUAUUCUUCAGAUAUUAGCAAAAUUUAGACGUUGACUUAUCACUGUGACUCUGAGAUGCUGAAACACCUGGUCCUAUAGCUGUGCUAUUUUGUGUUUAAAAUUUUCUAUUGAGUAACUUAUGAAUAAGCUUUUGUAUCUAUCUAUCAAUCAAAAAAGAAAUAUGCUAAUAUGCUGGUCUGCCACUCACCCUGCCACGGUGUCACAUAUAGCACUGGGUCACGUGUAUUUGUAACAUGAGUUUUGAUUCAGUCAUCGCCAUGAUUGUUCUGUAUUUAAAGAGAUACGUUUGAAGGGUUUCAUAUCUGACUGUGAAUUUUACAGUUUUAAAGUUUUUAGAUAUGUCACAAACUGAGAAUAUGCUUGUUCUGGGUAGUCACUGACCUUCAGUGCUCACCAAAUGAAUUUCACACAUUUUAAUGUUCAUAGUUUAGACGCCCUGUGAGACAUUUCUGCAUAUUUUGGCUACACGGAAAAAUCUGAGCCUCAACUGUUAAAGGACAGUGCUUUUCAAUGUGGCACCUAAGUAGGAAUAUAAAUAUUUAUGGGUACCUGCUCUGCUCAAAAAUAUGUAAAUAUCUGUGCCAUAUUUUUUAAUCUCUGAUAUAUUGCAGUUCUGUUAUGAAGCAAUCACUUAGCAUGUACAGUACAUCAGUUACAAGACUUUGUGUGUGUCUGCAAGGGUGUGUUGUUAGUUUACAGGCAUUUUAAGUGUCAUGCUGAAACAUUUAAUAGAAAUACUGCUUAAAUGUGUAAAAGAGGGAUUCUACAUGUAUUUAUACUUUGUGGAGGUGGUAUUUAUAGACAACAAUCGAAAGAUCCCUUUAACUAUUUUCAGUCCAGCAGAGUUACUACUAUCUUCAGUCAUUUGUUUAACAAAUUAAAGACUUAUUUUUAAGAGA